AUGCUCUUCGCAAAGACCAUCUUGGCUUUUUCUGGCCUCGCUGCCAUCGCUCAGGCCGGUAGCACCUAUUCAUGCCAGAGUUGCCACCCAGGUACUUCGAGCGACUGUGUUGCGGCUUUCAACCUCAUUCCUACCACUGGCACUCUCAGCAGCUCAAAGGACCAGCAAUGGACCUCCGGAGACUGCACCAUCGAAUGGAUCACCAACGGCGUCAGUGUUGAGGCUGCUGAUUUCCACGGAGAAGCCCAGGCCUUGGUCAACAAAUGCUGCGAGGGCUCUUCCAGCACUUGCUCCGGCGUUGCUUACAACACCGGAUCUACCAACAACCUCGAGGGUGGCUGCGUUUGCAUGCAUUCUUCCAGCACCUCUCCUUGCAUCUGCGAAGGCACACCUUCCCUGGACUGCAUCUAA